AACACUAUCACCCGAGUAGUGUCCUGGUCAAAUGGGCACAGGCUGCUCCUCCCUUCUUUCCCGGACACGUCUGGCCGCGCUGCCGAGCAUAUCCACGCCGACGUGGAAGCCCGCACCGCACCUCAUCCGGCACGCCUCCCACCGGCCACCGGCUUCCGUUCCGCCGCCUAUAUCAUCAAUCCCCGGGCCGCGCAUCGGAUUCCCUCUCCCCAUCUCUAACAACCAUCCGCGGGCGGUGCAAUCUGUUUGCAUCCGUCCUUCCCACCCCUCAGCCGCCCUCGCUCGCUAGCGCAGUUGCUCGGCGGAGAAUCGGCGGCGGUCCAGAGCAGAGCAGAGCAGAGAAGAGAGGAUGGACCACGCGGCGGAGGCGCAGCGGACGGACCUGAUGACGAUCACGCGGCACGCGCUGAACGAGCAGGGCCGGCACCCGGAGUCCCGGGGCGACUUCACCAUCCUCCUCUCCCACAUCGUCCUCGGCUGCAAGUUCGUCGCCUCCGCCGUCAACAAGGCCGGCCUCGCCAAGCUCAUCGGCCUCGCCGGCGACACCAACAUCCAGGGGGAGGAGCAGAAGAAGCUGGACGUGCUCUCCAACGAGGUCUUUGUCAAGGCGCUCAUCAGCAGCGGCCGCACCUGCCUUCUCGUGUCUGAGGAGAACGAGGCGGCCAUAUUCGUGGACGCCCCGCUCCGCGGGAAGUACUGCGUAUGCUUCGACCCCUUGGACGGCUCCUCCAACAUCGACUGCGGCGUCUCCAUCGGGACCAUCUUUGGGAUCUACAUGAUCAAAGACAAGGACAACGCGACUCUGGAGGACGUGCUGCAGCCCGGGACCGACAUGAUCGCUGCUGGCUACUGCAUGUACGGGAGUUCAUGCACGCUUGUGUUAAGCACUGGGAAUGGUGUGAAUGGCUUCACUCUUGAUCCUUCCCUUGGGGAGUUCAUACUUACCCAUCCCAACAUAAAGAUACCAAGCAAGGGGAAGAUCUAUUCUGUCAACGAAGGGAAUGCCAGAAACUGGGACGGGCCGACAGCAAAGUACGUAGAGAGAUGCAAGUUCCCCCAAGACGGCUCAUCGCCCAAAUCCUUGAGAUAUAUUGGAAGCAUGGUUGCUGAUGUUCACCGUACCCUGCUCUACGGAGGCAUAUUUCUGUACCCCGCGGACAAGAAGAGCCCCAACGGAAAGCUUCGUGUUCUGUACGAGGUAUUCCCCAUGUCGUUCCUGAUGGAGCAAGCCGGAGGCCAGUCUUUCACCGGCAAACAGCGGGCCCUUGAAAUUGUCCCUUGUGACAUACACCAGAGGUCUCCGAUAUUCCUCGGGAGCUACGAUGAUGUGGAGGAGAUUAAAUUACUGUACGCUUCGGAGUCGAGCACCGCCUGAUCUGAGCACAUAUACGCAUGUUCUGCAUCGCGUUGCUAAAAGGAAAAGUUAUGCUCAGCGUUGUGGCGGAACUCCUUGGGUAGCUGCUACGCAUUCGUCGGGUGAUGUUUAGAAAACAUCCACCACCUUGAUAACCCUAGGAUUGUAAGCUCGUCAACCGUCCGAUCUUCUUUCAAUGAGCUUUGCAACAAGGCUCGUGUUGCUUUCGGCGCUUUGCAACACGAGUCAUGUUGUGCUACGGUCGAACUGUUUUUUUUUAAACAAUGCCUAUGUUUCAGAAACAAAGACUGUGUUGCGAAAAUAUCUAUAUAAUUGUAUUUACAACA